AUGAGUGGGGAGCUCUCCAAUGUAAUUACGAAGAGUCACGAUGGAGAGGGCGGUAAAAGCUUGGAGGAAAUUUACGUGAAUUACAAAAAGUUGAAGCAGCUGAACGGGUUGAACGCGUCAAACGAAGAGAAGAAGACUAACGGCGGAAACGCCAUUAACGCGGCUAAUACUAUUAACGCCGCUAACUACGCUAACGGGGAAAUCGCGAGGGGGGACACGAUCUUCUUCGAAGCGCAGAGCGAGGCGGGCGAAAGCAAGGAGAAAAACGGGGUCACCCUGCUGCACAACGAUACGGAGGAGGAAGCCAAUUUAAAAAAAAAAAAAGGCAGCGAGGAAAGCAGCGAAAAGAGCCACGAAAAGGGUCUUGAAAAGAGUCGAGAAGAAACCCGAGCAGAAGGGGCCAAUGGCGAAAUUGUCACUCGGACCCCCGCUUCCUGUGUGACCAACAAUGACCCAACAGAAAAGAAAAAAAUAAAUGUGUUAACCAUUUCGCCUGAAUUUAGCGACGUGAGAAGGAACUUCAGAUUUACACACAGGAACAAUUUGCACGUGAAAAGAUCCCUAAACGAUGAGCCCCCGCUAGGCGAUAUCAAGAGGGCCUUCCUAAAAAGCAGCCAGAACCUGACCAGCGUUCCGCUGCUCACCGGGUUUGGCACGGUUGCCAGUGUUGGCGGCGUUGGCACUGUUGACAGUCUUGGCACCAUUCGCACCACGCGCAGUGCUCGGGGCGAGGAAAGACCAGGCGGCAGAAAAAAGUUCAGCCCCAAUAGCCAGGCAAACAGCAUAAUCAGCCAUAAUGACCGAACGCUAAAAAUAUUCUGCAACGCGAGGGAAGACGGCGCCAAGAGUAGCAGCAACCCCGCGGGUGGAACUCGAAGCCGCGGCCGACCGCAGCCGGGCGGUGGCGGCGCCCACUUGAACGGAAGCAGCGAGCGAGCGGCAGCGGCCAUCCCCAAUGAGAAGAAGCGGGCCCCCAAGAGGAAGGCCGCAACCAGUGUACCCAGCGUAAGGUGCGUGGCCAACUCGACUACUCUGCCCAGCCUAAUUGGCGCUCCCAGGCUCCAAGUCAAGACGAAAAACGGGACCAUGGAACCUAGAAGCAAAAAUAGACUGUCGGUGACGAAGAGCCAAGCUAACCAAAACGUAAUGGACCACAUCAGUGAGUACCCCAUAACGUCCAAAAAUAUAUACGACAGCAUUUACAUCCCGCAGAUCAACAUAAAAAACAUCUUCAGUGCGAACUCCAGUGGUGGGGGGGCAGCGGCGUGCACGUACAACGCCUCCUCCUGCGCAGAUCCUUCCUACCUCAGCAACGCAGACAGCAGUCCGUUGAAACGGGAAGACAGUUCUAACCUAAUAAAUACUCUAAACGCGUAUUCAAACGUAAAAGUUGCAGUGAGAAUAAAACCCAUUUCCGAAUCGGAAGAAAAUAUCGUCUCUAUAUUUAACAAAAACUAUGUCUUAAUUGAGAAGGAAAAUGAAAAAGAGUGUUACCUACUGUCUCAGAAAAAAAAACAAGCAACGUACGUUUUCGAUGUCGUAUUCGACGUUAAUGCAACACAAGAGAAUGUCUUUCUCCACACCGCCAAGCCGUUAAUCCCUCACGUCUUUAAAGGAGUCAAUGGAACCGUUUUUGCAUAUGGGGCCACGGGUUCAGGAAAAACGUACACUAUGCUGGAUGACAAGAAUCAGAACGGGAUCGUACAGUUGUCUCUCCUCGAAUUAUUCACCAUAAUUAAAGAGAAAAAGUAUGAGAAGGCAAAAGUGCUGAUGAGUUUCCUAGAGGUAUAUAACGAAACCAUUAGGGAUCUUCUCGGAAAGGAGAAGAACAAACCAUUGGAGGUACAAGAAGAUGCAGCCGAAGUCCGUGUCAGCAAUUUAUGCGAAGUCCAUGUAGAGAGUUACGAACAAGCAAUGAUCCUAAUCAAUGAGGGAGUGAAAAAUAGGAAAAUGUCUCCUACCAGGGCGAAUAAAGUGUCUAGUAGGUCUCAUGCCAUUCUACAAAUAUACAUCCACAACGAAGUGAUGGAUAGCAAUAUGAAUGCAAUAAAUUAUAAGGCCAAAUUAUGCUUCGUCGAUUUAGCUGGUUCUGAGAGAGCUAGUGCUACUUCUAACAAAGGGGAAAGAUUCAAAGAAGGCUCCUAUAUUAACCAGUCACUUCUUGCGCUAGCCAAUUGUAUAAACUCUCUAGCGUCUAAUAAACACAUCCCAAAGGUAAGAGUCAAAUAUAGGGAUAGCAAAUUGACGCACCUGCUAAAGAAUUCACUCGAAGGAAACUGCCUUGUGGUGAUGAUCGCAAAUAUUAACCCUUCGAGAAAAUCAUUUCAGGAAUCUAAUAAUACUCUUAAGUAUGCAUUUCGAGCCAGGAAUAUCAAACUCUGUGCAACGGUCCAAACGAACGACAACAAAGAAAGCGACGUGGAGAAAAUACUUAAGCGAAAUGAUCUCCUCCAGAAAGAAUACGAUCUGCUACUUCAUAAGUAUGGUAGACUCAAGGAGUGCUUCGCCAAUUUGAAGGUCCUCUUUCAGCUCUAUAGAAAUGUCCACCAUUGUUACCAGAGGAAGGAAAACGCAUCGGGGAAAGUACCCAUCAUCGGACUGAAGCAAAACAUUUCCGUCUAUGAGGAGCUCAUUAAAAUUAAGUCGGAGGAAAUUAAACAGAAAUUUGAUUCCCUCCCCUCGGGGGAUGACCAAGAUGAUGUGUUGUUACUUAACAUUUUUGACUCUGUUGUGGACAAAGAUUUGGAUCAUUUUAUUCGUUCCAAUUCCUCUGCCUUAACUGGGGAGGACGACAAUCGGGGGGUGCUGCUCGACCAGGUGAAGAGGGGACUCGUCGGGGCGGAAGCGCGGGCAAAUGUCCACGCGGGGGGGUUAUCCCCCGAGUUGAAGCGCUCCGCAGAUGUGGCUAUAGAGGGGGACCAGCUGAACGGGCUCGAGGGGUCGGCGGAUUGCGUCAAUGGAGUGCACAGUGGAGGGGGCAACUUGGCGGGGAGAUUGCCUACAUCAAACGUACCCAUUACAGCGAGGAGGGUGCCCACCUCCGACGUACCCACCGUAACAGCCGCGGAAGAAGGCGUCACCCCCGCUUACGGCGCGAACCAAGGCGAACGAUUGGAGCGGAAGCACCCGGGUAGAAAGCAACAUCUACAGACCUUCCAAGACAAUCUCACCGACAUGCAAAACAGCAUUUUGAUGGAAACGAUCAGCAAAAAAAUGGAGACUUCUUCCCACGCCCCCAUAAUAAAAACGGACGUGACGCAGUUAUUCCUGCAGAGUGGCAUCCACGCAGAUCCCCGUCUCGUCCUAAAUGAGCAGACGGGCAAAAACAUCCUCACCGAGCUUCAACCCCACGAGGGGCUAAAGUACAGUCAAAUUUUAGAUAACACUAAUAGGGGGCACCGUAGCGACGCCACGCAGGAUUAUCCCCAGGACGCCUCAAAGGGGACAGGAAGCCUUUUGAACAAGCCGAAUGCGAUGGAAGAUAACCUACUCCAUUCUGCCGGCCAUUUUGCAGAUCGUUAUGGAGACAACUUUUACGAUGCCAACGGGGUGGAGAAAGCAGAGGUUACUACCUUUGCUAAUCCGAUGGAGGCAAAGAACACCCGCGAUGUAUUCAACUUGGGGAGAGCGAAACGUGAGCCACAGGUAGGCAGGCUGAUAUCCAACAAUGAGGCGGUUAGGAGCAACAAGAGGAAACUAGCCCUCGUGGAGGAAAACAUAAAGCAUGAACAUCACGAAGAAAAUUCUUCAUCCGUCAGAAAAAAAAAAUUUAAAAAUGAGAGGAAAGUGAGGUAG